AUGAAAGCCUCGAAAUUGGGGUACGCGGCUUUGAUUCUCCUCGUCUCAGCGCCUCAAGUUUUCGUUUAUGGUACCCGAGGGCCUACCUCAAAAAGACUGGGACAUAGGAACUACCAGCCUCCUAUGCCUGGCGCGUCCCUCCCAUCCACCCUGAUAGAAUCAGUCCCUCCGCACAAAUCAGAACCCUCUGAAACAAGAGGACCCGGUCGAAUCAUCCUCCCCUCUGUGACAGCCAGUCGAAAUCCUCCCGCUACUCCGUCAAUCGACUCAACUCCCUCAGUCGAGGCGCCUGCCAUGGGUGAUGUUCUUGAGGACACCUCACUUGACGCGGUUCCCUUUGCACAGGAACAACCUAGUCGAGCCAGUCAUCCAAUAGUCACAGGUUCAGCAGCUAGUGACGCCUAUGUAGAUCUCGAUGAGGAAGGUGAAGACGACCAAGCAGGAGGUCAGAGCAGUGAGAGUGGUGGAGGAAGGCCCUUCAGAAGGGGUGAGAGCUGGCACAGGCUUGUCUUCGUAGCAAGCGUCCUCGGUGUUCUACAACAAAGUUGGCAUCUAGGGUGGGACAGCGUUUAG